GGUCAUGGAAAAUUGACAGUGUUUUCCAUAAAGGCAAUGUUGGCAACUAUGUGUGGUGGAAAAAUUCUGGACAAGUUAAGAUAUAGUUUCUCUCAAAUGUCAGAUUCCAAUGGAAUGAUGAUAUUUUCAAAAUUUGACCAGUUUCUAAGAGAAAUUCUGAAACUUCCUACAGCUGUUUUUGAAGGGCCUUCUUUUGGAUACACAGAAAACUCUGUGCGAACAUGUUUUCCUCAGCAGAAAAAGGUAACAUUAAACAUGUUUUUAGACACCUUAAUGGCUGACCCUCCACCCCAGUGCCUUGUGUGGCUACCUCUGAUGCAUAGACUUGCCCAUGUUGAAAAUGUCUUCCAUCCUGUGGAAUGUUCUUACUGCCGGUGUGAGAGCAUGAUGGGCUUCCGAUACCGAUGCCAGCAGUGCCACAACUAUCAGCUCUGUCAAAACUGUUUUUGGCGUGGCCAUGCAAAUGGCCCUCACAGCAACCAGCAUCAAAUGAAAGAGCAUUCCUCUUGGAAAUCGCCUGCCAAGAAGCUGAGCCAUGCCAUUAGUAAAUCUCUUGGUUGUGUACCCACUAGAGAUCCUCCUCACCCUGUAUAUCCGGAACAGCCAGAGAAGCCCCUUGACCUUGCCCAUAUAGUCCCUUCUCGGCCUCUCGUUAACAUGAAUGAUGCCAUGGUUACCCAUGUGUCCUCCGGAGCCCCCACGCCAACAAAAAGGUUGCAGCAAAGCCUCACCCCCUCCGAUGGGCUCAGUGAUGAGCAUGUGCUGAUAGCAGCCUAUGUGAGCCAGCUACAAAGCAGCACACGUGUCCUGGACAGUCCUAGCAGACUGGAUGAAGAACAUCGGUUAAUUGCUCGGUAUGCUGCGAGGUUAGCUGCUGAAGCUGGAAAUGUGCAGACACGACCACCAAUAGAUCUGGGGUUCAAUUUUGAUGCCAACAAACAGCAAAGGCAACUGAUAGCAGAACUGGAAAACAAGAACAGAGAAAUACUGCAAGAAAUUCAACGCCUCAGACUGGAACAUGAACAGGCUUCCCAGCCAACACCUGAAAAAGCCCAGCAGAAUCCAACUUUACUGGCCGAAUUAAGGCUAUUGCGGCAAAGGAAAGAUGAACUGGAACAACGAAUGUCUGCUCUUCAGGAAAGCCGAAGGGAACUGAUGGUACAACUGGAAGGACUCAUGAAGCUGCUCAAGGAAGAAGAACAAAAACAGGCAGCUCAGGCAGCUGGUUCUCCACAUACUUCCCCUACCCAUGGGGCUGGGCGCUCUAUGCCAAUGCCAGUCAGGUCCACAUCUGCUGGUUCUACCCCAACUCAUGUACCCCAAGAUUCACUUACUGGUGUUGGUGGAGACGUCCAGGAAGCAUUUGCACAAGGAACUCGGCGGAACCUCCGUAACGAUUUGCUGGUAGCAGCUGAUUCAAUUACCAAUACAAUGUCAUAUUUGGUGAAGGAGCUUCAUUCAGGGGGAGAGGAAGGAGGUGAGGAGGAAGAACAGGAGGACAAGAUGCAGAAUGGGAAGGACCGAGGUUAAAUUUAAAAAAUCUGGACCAGACAGAGGUUUAAGUUACAAGGUGUGAGCUCCUAUUCUAAAGAUGUCUCCACAUCCUUCAGAAGAGGCAUGAUCCAACUGACACAUCCACCAUUGUGAAGCUGUGACUAACACAACAAUUGCAGGGGAGCAGUCUUCUUCCAACAGACACAAUGGCUUUUCUGGGGGGAGGGCAGGGCAGGGCAGGGGCAUCUCCUUAAAUUUGCAUGUCCUAUUUCUGUAGGUGUUCAGUGCUAACUGGACAGAGCCUCAUCUCUGUUUCAAUGAGAAAGCUUUUUGAAUAAUGGCUUCUGAAAAUGCAAGCCGCCUUCCUGUGAAUUGUCCCCAUUCUCUACCUGGGCUUCAUUGUUCACACCUUAAUCAUGCUCUGGCAGUUACAUUUGUGAUCUUCAAAUCCCCCAUGAGCAGACUUGCAACCAGCUGAAUUUCUUCACCAAGUAACGGAGAUGAAUGCUGGCUGUGGAUUCUGAUGUGGCGGCAGCCCCUCUUGCCUUUUCAGAAUGCUGUUUUUGUCUGUGAAUGGCAGGUUGCUUGGGUUGUUUGUGAAUGCAUGUCACACAGUGCCGGUGAGACAGAUGGUGGUGCUGCCAGGAGUCAACUGACUUGGGUACCAUUAAAGAUUGCUUAGUGGUAAAUGGAUAGGUCUGGCCCACAAGGUCAGUUCAGCUGGAGAUUUCUCUCUGUCAGUCCUAUCAAAACGAAUGAGAGUACCACUAGAGCAUUAUCACUAUCAUGCCCUGUGCAGCUGGCUUGUUUCAGUGAGGGUGGUAUUGAGUUAUGACUUGGUAGAUUGUGCCCUCAAUUUCACUUAUGAAAUGGGCAUUAAAAUGAGGAUUUUCACUGUGAGCAGUCUAGUGGAUCUUACGCCAGUCCUAAUGUCAGGAGAAGGAUGGGAGAAAAGUCCAGCAUGUGGCAGCUACCUUUAGAGAAUUCUCAGAACAGGUGGCUUUCUGGUUGUAGCCUUAUAUGAUGGCUUAGUGGAAGAAAGCUGUUGGUAAGCAAGUACGGCUAUCACCUAAUGCCCUUUCCAACAUCAAAUGCCAGUCAGUCUGCUGCUCUGGUGGCUGAGAAAACUCUCCUUCCCUUCUAUCCAUAAGUGAUUCCCUUUUUCUUUCAGAUGCUUGCUCUGAGGCAGGGAUCUCCAAUCUUGGCAACUUUUAGCCUGGAGGACUUCAACUCCCAGAAUACCCCAGCCAGCUUAGCUGGCUGGGGAAUUCUGGGAGUUGAAGUCCACCAGGCUUAAAGUUGCCAAGGUUGGGGACCCCUGCUCUGAGGGAAAGGUGGAGUAGCCUUGGAGGGAACUCUGACUGAGCUGGCUGGAUGUAUUGGUUCUCCAGGGAGCAGGCUUACAAUUUCCAUAUUGCCUUUUAGAAGUAAGAGAAAGUCACAAAUAUUCAACUGAUUGUUUUUGAAGAUCUGAAGCUCUAGUUGUAGGACCAAGAGCUAUUUGUACUGUCAUAUAGGACGUUCUACAUCUGUCCUAUUUUGUUGGUUCAGAUAAAUGAAGUGCUGCUUAGUCUUUGUAUUAUAAAUAGUUGCCCGUAGCUAUAAAAAUACAUACAGACAAAUAUCCAAAGCUGGGAUUAUUGUGGCCACAGCAAAACCUACAAUCAGAAAUUGGAGGAUUUUUAACCAUUUUGUUUAACCAUUUUAGCAAUGCAAGGCGUAUCUCAUUGGCACCAGAGGUUCUCCAAUUCAGCGAUCAUAUUUAGGUUCCUCUGUCAUGACUUGACUCCGUCAUAUAUAGUAGAUGAACAGAAAAACUUAGCUAAACCUAGUGGAUGCCAAUAGUGAGCCAUUUACAUAGAGUUGCAAGGAAAACUAUUUAGAAAUCUACAUAGUCACCAAGAAUGGAGUAAAUUCCAGAGGCUGUUUACCUUGUUGAAAGUACAAAAUCAUUACCAUAAUGAUGUCAGAAUCAAAAAUCUGCCUGUAGAUCCUGUUCUGUCUUCUGCCCAAUCCUGAAGUACAUGACAGCAUAUAAUCUUUGCUUAACACAUUAUUUCCAUCUCCUGCCAUACUAGAAACCAUGAGGUCUUGCUGGAUGAGAUGGUUUGCUAGAUUUCACAGUAGGUCUUCUAUGCACGAAGAUGCCAACUUCAGGAGUUAGGAACAGCAGCUUUCAACCAACCUCAAAUUGCCCUGCCUGUCUUUUGCAGCUGAAAAGGCCUGGCAUUUUGAAGCUUCUCUUCCUGCUGUCAGCUACCUCCAGAGACCAACUCUCAUGCAGUUGUAUCUCUGCCCUUUCUUGCAAUCCAGUCCAGGAGGAGAUUGUAACACAAAAGCUCAUUAAGGUAUGAAAUUCCAGGAUCAGCGGUUCAGGCGAUGAUAAGACAAAUGAAAGGUUCCUACCCUUGCACUUGUGUCAGUGCCAUGUGUCUGGAUCACUUCAUCCACAACACAGUGUAUAUGUUUUAGCCUACAGCGUAAUUAGCAUAUGCUUCAUAUUACUGGAAUUGAAGCGCUUCUGGGUAUACUUUAAGGCAGUUUCUAAGCUGUCCUGACAGGCUGAGGUGCAUAGAGGAGCUAAUAACUCAUCCCUCCAUCUGUAUUCCCCAAGAGCCAAGGAAGUACUUCCUUUCUCCAAACUGCUCUUCAUCUGUAACACUUGGGCUUGGGAGAUGGGUAUAUUACUAAGCUGUUGGCCAAAGUUCAACAGCCACAAAGUCCUGAGGGAAGCAGUGUCAAAUUGAACUGGAUUCCUUCUCUUGUACAAUGAAGAAUGCCCCUGAACACACAAAAAGUUCAUCUGAGGAUGCUGCAUGGCUCUGAACACCAUCUCCGACCUAGUUGAAAAGAGAAAUCAUGGGGAAAAAAAUCCAUAUUAUUUGGCAAGAAAGAGACAAAAUAAGAGGUCAGGCUCUUUCUCUGCCAUCCAUUGCUUCUUGUGGUCCGUCAGCAGCCUACAGAGCUGGCAACAGAGUCAGACAGCGAUGGGGCUGAAGUGAAGCCAGGGCCAUCGGGAAGUGAGGUGCGGACUCCAAAGCCUCCAGAGACUGAUAGUAGUGAGGCAGAGGAACAGGAGGAGCCUGUUCCUAAUGUACACAUGAGAAGAGCUGCCAGAAGGCAAGAGCAGCUCAAGCAAAGAGGAUGACUCAGGAGUAGGGCCAAGAGAUGAUUGGCCCCUCCCAUAAGGCUUAAAACAGACCAGCAACAGCGUUUGGGCUUUUCCGGAAAACGUUGGUAGGUUCGUCCUCUUGCAUUUAUUUUUGUAUCUGACUUCUGAACGUUUGCCAAGAAAGGCCUUUGGCAGUUUGCCUAAUUGGACCAAGGUUUAUGAUAGGACUGAGGAAUUUGUGUUGGGAGGAAUUUGCUUUAAUUUAGUUGAACUACGCUGGGAAUGAAAUAAUUCUCAGCUGUUCGAAUAAAGUUUGUUUUUUCACUGACUGAGUUUCCUACUACCUACUUGGGCCUGGGUCACAACAUUGCUAAGGAACAUCUUGGCAAUUAUAUUACUGAAGAUGUGCCCAAGAUGACUGGUUUAGCUAGCUGGUCCCCAGAGAAUUUGGCUUUGCUACUCCAGCUGCCCCAUGCAUGCUUGCCAAACCUUCUGGCUCGCUUUCUUUCUCUAGGUGUGAACUCUUGCAUUUCAGGCAAAACAUUUUUGGCUGCCUGGAUUUGGCAAGGAGAGGAAUCUGUUCCAAAGCAUUUUGCAAUAUGCUUUUCAAUAUGGUGAAUGUGCCUUUGAAAGCCAGGAGACAGGCAGAUCUUCCAACUGCAGUUGGAAAAGACCUGCUCUCAGGGCCUGUGUGCAGGGCUUGGUGCUGUCUAAUAUUUUUGGCUGGAAGACAAAACCCAGUCAUCUGUUCUUCAAAAUGCAUUCAGUUGCUGUUUUCACAAGAGAUCCAAUGAAGUUGAGAACUUAGACUACGUUCACAUGACAUACUAAUCACAAACGGGCUUCGUGAUUAAUUUAUAUCUCAGUGUAUUGUGUGAGCCCAGAAAAAUGGGUAACUGAAUAAACUAUGUUUCUGCUAACCGUGGAUGAAUAUUUUGUAGCCAAAAUGUGUUACUGUAGGGGUGGAAAUUUUUCACCGUAUCAAAAGACAUUUCUUUCGAAUCUUACCUUGUGGUUUUGAAGUAUGUGGCCAAGAAAAACCUACAAUAUAUCGCUAUUGGUUUAUGAGUAGAGUCAGGCAAGAUUGUGAGGCUGGAGUCAGAUCCAAAGAUGGCUUGUGAAUGCGAAAGAACAGAGAGGCAUCCGUCUUUUGUCUACUUGGUGCAGUAUGGCACUAGAAACAGGAAUAAUGCAGGCACUGAGUCACAUGAUAGGAAGAUGGGUCGCAUGUAAAUGUAGUUAAGGUGAGCCUCCUUUUUCAGAAGUCACUGAGUGGUGCUGCUGCUGUUGGGGAAGACCAACAUUUCAGAUCCAUUGUGCACAUCUGGCUCACAAUGCUAAGGCAGUAACUUCUUCACAUGGGUGGCAUCAGUGUGGUAAAAUAAAUUGCCUCCGAAAAGGGAGCAGUAAAGCUUCUCUGAGGUUUCAGCUUGGAUGGCUAGCCUUUAGAACAGAAUUUAGUCUGAUCCCGAUAGAGAAAGGAGAGAGCAGGAGCAGAGGACAAGUGAGGUUUUCAGGAGUCUCUGCUUUCUUGAAUAGCUUUUGUUUAUGUCAUGUUAAUUGGUUUUAGUAUUGGGGUAUUACAGUAUUGGGGGGAGGGGAGAGCACUGAAUGAAGCAAAAGAUAACCAAAAAGAAGGAGUUUCGACCUACUGGACUAGAGCAUUCUAAGAUAUUGUAAAGGUACAAUUACCUGUCCCCACACAAGAGUUUGCAUAGAGAUGUUAAACAUGGAAAAUAGAUAUGUAUUUAAAAUAUUUUAAUAACAAAAUGGGCCAGUUUACACUGUAAGCCGCCCUGAGUCUUCGGAGAAGGGCGGGAUAUAAAUGUAAAUUAAAAAAAAAAGUUUAUCUGCUCUUGUUCACCUUCUCUCUCUCUCUCUCUCUCUCUCCCUUACUCAUUCUCCUUCCCUCCGUCUGUCUGUCUGUCUGAUUCACACACAUACACAAAUGGCAAAGUUUUAUUGCUUUGAUUGGUCCACAAAUAGUCCCUCAAAACCAGCUCCUUGGAGAAGGGAACUGAGAAGAGAAUUUGGUUUUGGUUAUCAGAACUGCAGAACAACCAGGUGUGAAUUCUUGAUGAAUCAUCCUCAUUCCUUUAUGUCCAAGUAAUUUGGUGUGUAGGUAGAGGGCACUUUGGUAGGUAUGAACAAAUGUGAAUGACCAGAAAAGAUGAGCAGAUGCAGCAGGAUUCUGGAAGCAACGGCUUUGAUAGAGCUCUGGGACAGCAUGGGGGCCCAACUGAGGGGCUUUGCUGUUCCUAUUUUCUGGGUGACUUGUCUUGCAGCUAUGGGAGAGGGCAGUGGAUAUGCCAGCCCAGAUUAAAAUAAAACAGACUUCUGGCCUGCCAUAUAGACUCAUAGUUCAGAAAGAUUUUGCUCUGCAUACAGAAAUUAGAUUCCUUUGGGAAAGCUGCUGCUCCUCUUUAGUGUUCUUCAAAAGGACCGAUUCUCUUCCUCAGGACAUUCUGGAAAGGACAGGGAAGAACCUGCAGCUGUUGGCACAUGUCUGGGAAUCAGCAUCAGUAGGCAGGAAUUAAAGAUUUGCUAUGGUCAUACAACAUGCUUAGUUUGAUUACUGAAUUUUUGAUAGUUCACCCAGUCCCAUUUUCUAAGUUCAUUCAGUAUGUUGACCCUAGACUAACACCAUGCUAAACCACGUAAACAAAACUAAAAUAAUGUGGCUUCACAUGUGCAAAUGCAGCUGCUGGGUCUUUGAUCUGGUGUGUGAAUACAGCCAUGAUGUGUCUAGGCAUUCUAAGUGAAGCUGUGAUUGAGAUAAAAUAUGCUAGCAGCUAGACCAAACAGGAGGCAGAACAGAUCCAUGCUUCCACAUGGAAACUAAAGGCAAGCCAGCCAAUAUUCUCCCUGGGAUGCAAAGAAGGUGCUGGAGCAAAGCUUCCCUCCCACCCUUAUUCCUGGAUGCUUUCAAUUGAACAGAAUAGAAUAACAGAGUUGGAAGGGACCUUGGAGAUUUUCUAGUCCAACCCCUUGCUUAGGCAGGAAACCCUACAUCACUUCAGACAAAUUGGUUUGGCCCUUGCUGAUUAUGGCUUGCCAGUUGCCACUGCUACAGUUUGACCACAUUAUCACUGGGGUAGGUAUGAUACUGUACAAAGAUAUGGAAGGCAAGCCAACUAUGCUGACUGUUACCAAGAUGCAGUGGAGGACUGUGUUUCCCUGUUGAGAGAGAAAAAAAGAAGCGGAAUUUCUCUAGAAAUUAUGAUGUGGAGAGCAAGGAAAUUGUGCACUGUGUAUGUGUGAAUGUAUGCAUUUUCCUUUUAAUACAUCCUGGAUCUCAAACAAUACUAGCUCUACAACUGGCAAUUAAUACUUUUUUGUCUACUACGCAGCCCACCAAAAGCUAAGCUUGGUACAGUGAGAACCAAUGUGAGGAUGAAUGUAAUAAGUCCAGUUUACAACUGUUUUCCCACUCGUGCAUGGGUGAAUGUGUAUAUGUGUAUGAGAAUUCCUGAAUGUGUGAAUGCAAAUGUUUUCACUAAAGUUUGUUAAAAAUAUAUGGGAGAUCCUGUACAUGUUGGGAACAAGUCUAAUAGAAAGCUGUAAACUAGAAGCCAUGUUUUCUCAUCUGCCAAAUAUUUAAUAAAUGAGUCCUAUCCA